AUGGCCAAAAAAGCAAUUACAAGGAAAAGAAGAAUUAAAUCAUGUACAUAUUGCUAUUCACAUAAACUAAAGUGUGACCGUAUCACACCAUGCUCAACAUGUGUAACAAACAACCGUGGAAUUGAAUGUAAAUAUUGGUCUGAUAAUCACAAUCCGCAGCCUCCCAUACCGGACUCAUAUUCUAGGAAAACUCCCAAGAUGGAAUGUGUGGAAUGGGUAUUGCCUCAGGACGAAGUAUAUGGUGCUAAGUUUUUAUACCCUUUCUUCACUACAUCUAUGAAUGAUAAUGUUGUCAGUCCGAAGGUCAGGUCAAAAGUAAUACUUAAUGCCAAUUUCAUUAGAAACAAGAUCACAGAGUUUAAUAAAUUCUCAAGGGUCGACGUUCAUAUGAAAGAUGUUUUGCUUUAUCUGGUAGAUUCAAAAGGCUCAAUGCAGAACUUGAUCGAUAACUAUUUUUUAAACGUUCAUCCAAUUGUACCAAUUCUGAGUAAAAAAGAUAUCAAAACCCAGGCAUUGAACAUAUAUAAUAGUGUUGAAAAUAAUUUAGACCUUAACCCACUAGAUGUACUUCUUCUUGUUUCUGUAUAUUUUUGUUCAUUGUAUGCUUCACUAGCAUCUGGAAAACCAGAUACUUUGACGGAAACAUAUAGAUGUUACGGUAUUUACAGAUAUCUUAUGGACAUUUCAAAGUUUCCCUUAGUACCCUAUAUUGAAACAGUUCAAUCAUUUACUGUGGUGAAUUUUAUCAUGGAUCCUAACAUGAGAGAAGCAGUUGCAUAUUCAGCUAUGUUGGUACGUUUGGGACAGCAGCUAAACAUUCCUAAGAGAUCCAUGGGAAUACAUGACGAUAGUAAUUAUUUGUUGUAUCUAUGGCAUUAUAUUUUAUUUAUGGAAGGUUCUUCAUCAGUUGCAUCUGGCCUUCGGUUUAGCACAUCGAAGGAUGUAUUCAGUUUGGUGAAGUUACCAACGAACCCGCAUAAACUAGGGAUUGUUUGUGAAGUUCCAUUAGAUUACACGAUCUGCCGUUUCAAGAUGAAUAAUAUAUUUCAGAAAAUAAUGGAGUUAACGACCAAACAUACGAUAUCUCGAACUGAAAAUGCUUCUAUUGAGGAAAAAAUUGGGUUGAUGUAUAGGGAUGUCGGUAAGGUGGAAAGUCGUCUGAAACAUAUGUUUCCUGAUAGGGCAUCUUAUUAUUCGAGUUCCCUGUAUAUAUUUCUCCACCGUCUGCAUUUACGAUUUUUUGCACUUGAGGCUCUCCAAUUAGAAAGUAGUUCAAAACGAAAUAAGAACUUUGAGGUUACUAAAAAUCUAUCUUCAAAGGAUAUAUUCUGGAUUUUGGAUAGGAAGAUGACAUUAAGAGAUGAAGUUAUUCCACUGACAUUACUAUUACUUCUUAAUACGUUGGAGAGAAUCGUACAGCCAAAUUGUGAGGAUUUAAAUUGGUAUACUAAGGGAUCUACGGUAAUGCAAUACCUUUUUGUAAUUCUACGGGAUAUGUAUCAAAAUCCACUUAAGGAAUAUCCACUAUCAUCUUUUAUGGAGCCGCUGUAUGCAUCUAUUAGUUUUGAUAUUAAAGAAGUGAUUAUGUGUCAUCAAUUAAUGUAUAAAUUCAAAUUGAUUGAAGAAUUAUUAAAAUUACUGGAAUUGAGAUUAGCGCCCCUCUGGAGUGACAAUGAGCUAUAUAAGUUUAUACUUGUUAAAAUGGUGAAGGAGAAAGUCUGGGGUCAUGCAGAGGACAUAAUAAAAAAGAAUAGCGAACAAUUCGACCGAUUAAGUCAAUGUCGCUUGUUUCUCCUUGGUAAGAUACAACAAGAGAACCAGAGUAUCAGUAUUGAGGAUUUUGUUACAAAUUUGGAACCAACUUUAUUUGGUUUAGAUGCUGAAAAGAUAUUGAUUGAUUGGUUAAUCGAUAUUUAG